AUGGCGAUGGAAGAGAUUACGGAGGGAGUGAACAAUAUGAACAUCUCUGAUUUUCACAAGAAGAACCGCAUUCAAGUCUCCAAUACCAAGAAACCUCUCUACUUCUACGUCAAUCUUGCCAAAAGGUACAUGCGGCAACACAAUGAAGUGGAGCUUUCAGCACUUGGAAUGGCAAUUGCCACAGUUGUCACAGUUGCAGAAAUUCUGAAAAACAAUGGUUUGGCUGUUGAGAAGAGUGAGUUUCUGGACAUUUGCUGUAGUCCUUCCUGUCUUCCUGAUUUCUCAUUGAAAUUCAACCUCCAUAUGUGGGGUUACAGAUAA